GCGUCAGCGCUCAUUCAGGCUGAUCGGCCAGAGAAGCGCUGUGGUUGCAGAGGAGCGCACAUACGCUUCGCUUACGGGCAGCUUAAACAGGAUGUAGAGACUGACGCGGAGCACGCACAGACAGAGCAGCAGAAGACAAAACGAGCGGCUCAAGUUGUGCGACGUGACAAGCAGAGACAGAAAUGAGCGCCUCGGCGGAGGAGAGGAAGAAGACAAGAGGAGUCCCGGUGAGGAGGCACCUCACCGCAACUGGCAGGUCUUGACGGCUGCUCCCGGUGACCUGAGAGAGAGAGAGAGAGACAGAGAGCCAAGCCCUGGCAGUGACCAGCGGGGCCGUUUCACCCCCCGCAACGCCGAAAAACGCAGCGCAGCCGGAACAGUCCACAACAACCUUGAAGAGCGACCAUGGCGAGCCAGAACGACUGCUGUGUGAAGGUUGCGUUGAGGAUUCGUCCUCAGAUGGCCAAAGAGAAGAUCGAGGGGUGCCACGUGUGCACACUGGUCACACCCGGAGAACCGCAGGUCCUCCUGGGGAAGGACAAGGCCUUUACAUACGACUUUGUGUUUGACAUAGACUCGGAGCAGCAGCACAUCUACCAGACCUGCGUGUACAAGCUCAUCGAGGGCUGCUUCGAGGGCUACAAUGCAACUGUGUUUGCUUAUGGACAGACGGGCUCAGGGAAGACGUACACCAUGGGGACGGGUUUCGAUGUGAAUCUGAGUCUGCAGGAGCAGGGCAUCAUCCCGCGGGCUGUUCACCAUCUGUUUGAGGGCAUCCAGAGCAGGAGGGAGCGAGCCCAGGAGACCGGCAUCCAGCCGCCCGAGUUUAAAGUCAGCGCACAGUUUUUGGAGUUGUACAACGAGGAGAUCCUGGACUUGUUUGAUGGAGCCAGGGAUCCCGACAAUCGCAGCCGGAAGUCCAACAUUAGAAUCCACGAGGACGCCAACGGCAGCAUCUACACCACGGGGGUCACUUCCAGACUGGUGCAGUCAGAGGAGGAGCUGCUGCAGUGCCUGAAGCUCGGAGCUCUUUCCCGUACUACAGCCAGCACACAGAUGAACGCACAAAGCUCCCGCUCACACGCCAUCUUCACCAUCUAUCUCUGUCAGAUGAGGGUCUUCCAGCAGCAGCAAAUGCAGAACGAAGGAGGAGAGAACGGCGACGUGAACGGUGUAGACUCCGCCCCCAUUGCCCAGCCAGAGUACGAGACCCUGAUGGCCAAGUUUCACUUUGUGGACCUGGCAGGCUCAGAGAGGCUCAAGCGCACGGGGGCCACCGGAGAACGGGCCCGAGAGGGAAUCUCUAUUAACUGUGGACUGCUGGCUCUUGGAAAUGUGAUCAGCGCUCUGGGUGAUCAGGCCAAGAAAGCGGGACACGUUCCGUACAGAGACUCCAAACUCACCCGACUGUUACAGGACUCGCUGGGAGGCAACAGCCGCACAGUCAUGAUCGCCUGCAUCAGCCCGUCGGACCGGGACUUCAUGGAGACGCUGAGCACCAUGAAGUACGCCAACCGUGCCCGAAACAUCAAGAACAAGGUGAUGGUGAACCAAGACAAGACGAGCCAACAGAUCAACGCCCUGCGUGCCGAGAUAGCCCGGCUCCAGAUGGAGCUGAUGGAGUACAAGGCGGGAAAGCGUGUGGCGGGGGAGGAGGGUUCAGAGGGAUUCAGCGACCUGUACCAGGAGAACACCAUGCUGCAGAGAGAAAACGACUCGCUGCGACUGAGAGUAAAGGCCAUGCAGGAGACCAUCGAUCACCUCAACACACGGGUGACACAUCUGCUGGCCAACGAGGUCAGCACUCUGCUCACCAAGUCAAGCGAAGGCAAUGUGGAGAUUGGAACGCUCAUACAGAACUAUAUCCGAGAAGUGGAAGAAAUUAGAUCCAAGCUCCUCGAGAGCGAGGCCAUGAACGAAUCGCUGCGACGGCAGGUGGCCCGGCUCUCCUCUCGCUCCUCGUUACCGGCCUCCGCUCUAAGCCCUGCCCCCGGCCACCCGCCGGGCUCCUCCCCUGUGUCCAUGUCCAUGGAGGCCGAGAUGACGGACGUGCUGCGGCGUGCCAAACUAGACAUCGAGAGGCUGAAGAAGAAGGAGAGACGGCAGAGAAGGUUGAGCCCAGAGCUGGAGAAAGGUCUUAAGAAACGAGUGAAGCUGCACUCUCAGGAAAACGGGGAGAGCCGGCAAAGCGGCGAAAAUGGACAGAACGGAGAGAUCGAUUCAGAUGACAAUUACACAGAGGACAUCAUGUCUCCCCUGCAGGAGGAGAGCGGCUGUGAGGAAGACGAAGGUGAGGACGAAGAGGAAGGCAGGGAGGAAGAGGAUGAUUUCGACAGCGACGAGAGCCUGGUGGAUUCAGACUCUGACUCGGAUGAAAAGGCCAACUUCCAGGCAGAUCUGGCCGACCUGACCUGUGAAAUUGAGAUCAAGCAGAAGCUGAUUGAUGAGCUGGAGAACAGCCAGCGGCGGCUGCUGAUGCUGAAGCUGCAGUACGAGGAGAAGCUCAUCCUGCUGCAGAACAAGAUCAGAGACACCCAGCUGGAGAGAGACCGCGUGCUGCAGAACCUCAUGUCCAUGGAAAACUACACCGAGGAGAAGGCCAGCAAGAUCAGGCAGGAGUACGAGAAGCGCCUCAAAGAGAUGAACCGUGACCUGCUGAAGCUGCAGGCGGCACAGAAGGAGCACGCGCGUCUCCUCAAAAACCAGGGGAGGUACGAGCGGGAGCUGAAGAAGCUCCAGACCGAGGUGAACGAGAUGAAGAAAGCAAAGGUGGCACUGAUGAAGCAGAUGAAGGAGGAGCAACAGAGGAGGAGGAUGGUGGAGGCCAAGCGGAAUCGCGAGAUUGCUCAGCUUAAGAAGGAGCAGCGACGACAGGAGUACCAGAUUCGGGCGCUGGAGUCUCAGAAGCGGCAGCAGGAGCUGGUGCUGCGCAGGAAGACCCAGGAGGUGACCGCCUUGCGGCGCCUGGCCAAGCCCAUGUCGGAUCGCGUGGCGGGACGGGCGACCCGCUGGAACCAGACGCCUCCGGUUACAGAUUCUGGAGCCGAUCUGUCAGCCAGCACGACGGCGAGCAGCUCCGAGGCGGAGACCGCGAGGACCGUGAGUGGGCUGGUGCGGCAGUGGAACAACAAGAACAACGUGUACGGAUACAUGGCGGAGAGCGAGGGGAGUGUGGACGGAACGCGGGUGAUUGGCGGCAGGAAGAAGCUGCAGAGGAAGCCAGCAGGUCUGGGCAGUACUGCAGCUGCAGGCAGAGCCAACAGUUUCUCCAAGGCUGCCCGUCUAAAGUGGCAAACCCUCGAGCGUCGCAUAAUGGACAUAGUCAUGCAGAGGAUGACCAUCUCUAACGUGGAAGCGGAUAUGGAUCGCCUCAUCAAGAAGCGAGAGGAGCUGACGAUGCAGCAGGAAGCUCUCUCACAUAAAAGGGAGGUGCUGAUGGCGGACGGAGAGGGUCCUGAGGCUGAGGACCGCCUCCUCCAGGAAGUUAACGAGGAGAUCGAGGUGCUGAAUGCCAACAUAGACUACAUCAAUGACAGUCUGUCUGACUGCCAGGCCACCAUAGUGCAGAUAGAGGAGACAAAGGAUGAGCUGGACUCAGUGGACACCUCAGUGGUGAUCAGCUCCUGUUCCCUGGCUGAAGCACGCCACCUGCUGGACCACUUCCUAAAGGCUUCAAUUGAUAAGAGCUUACAGGUGGCUCAGAAGGAGGCGCAGAUCCGACUGCUUGAGGGCCAGCUGAGGCAGACGGAUGUGAUCGGCUCAUCCCACAAUCACAUGAUUCUUGACGCGCUGAGAGAAAAGGCAGAAUGCAUCCCCGAGCUGCAGGCUCUCAUCCACAACGUCCAGCAGGAAAAUGGCUAUGCCAGCACGGAUGAGGAGCCUUCCGAGUUCAGCCAAGCCUCGGACAGCAGUGUGUCACAGAUGAAGGAAUCCAACAGCCAGGAUGACUUUAAAAUAAAGAUGGAGCCUCGCCUCUCGGCCCAGAUGAAGGCGGUGUCAGCGGAGUACCUGGGUCCCAUCCUGGACCCCUCAUCAAGCAGCAAGCAGCAGCACAUCACCAAAUCUCUAGCCUCACUGACAGACAUCCAGGAGGAUGGCUUAAGUCUCAUCCCAGGCAGUCUGGCGCUCAGCGUGCCCCUCCGAGACCCUUUUCACAGGGACCGAGUGUCCCGCACCAUCAGCCUUCCUGUCAGGGGACACACUUUUCCUAGGCAGUCUCGAGGUUAUGACACUUCCCCCAUUACGAGACGUAAAUCUUACGACCGAUCGUACAGGCCCACUGAUGGCUACACUCCCCCCUCCUCCCCUCCGUUAAGGACAAGGAACGACCGCAAUGUCUUCUCCAGACUGACCAGCAACCAAACACAAGGUUCUGCUCUGGACAAGUCGGAUGACAGCGACUCCUCGCUCUCCGAGGUGCUCAGGGGUGUGAUCAAUCCCAUCGGGGGUGUGAAGGGUGGUCGGACGGCACCCCUCCAGUGUGUCUCUGUAGCCGAAGGCCACUCGAAGCCGGUACUGUGUGUGGACGCUACAGAUGAGCUGCUGUUCACUGGAUCUAAAGACCGCACCUGUAAGAUGUGGAACCUGGUCACAGGUCAGGAGAUCGCCACCCUCAAGGGCCACCCAAACAACGUGGUGUCGGUGAAAUAUUGCCCCUCCUCUGGUCUGGUCUUCACUGUCUCCACCUCAUACAUCAAGGUGUGGGACAUCCGGGACUCUGCUAAGUGCAUACGCACGCUCACGUCAUCGGGGCAGGCGGUUUCAGGAGACGCUUGCGCUGGCACAACCACCCGGACAAUCACCUUUGCUCAGGGCGAGUGUCAGAUCAACCAGAUAGCGCUCAACCCGUCAGGAUCCGUGCUCUAUGCUGCGGCUGGGAAUAUCGUUCGCAUGUGGGACCUCAACAGGAUGCAGGCGACAGGAAAACUCAUGGGCCACAUCGGUUCUGUCAUGUGUCUGACAGUGGGACAGUCUCUGCUGGGCAAAGACCAAGUCAUCACUGGCUCCAAAGAUCAUUAUGUCAAGAUAUUUGAUGUGGCAGAAGGAACUCUGGGUAAUGUAGGUCCUGCUCAUAACUUUGAGCCUCCGCACUACGACGGCAUCGAAUGUUUGGCCGUGCAGGGAGACGUGCUGUUCAGCGGCUCGCGAGACAACGGCAUCAAGAAAUGGGAGAUGGAGCAGCAGGAGCUCACACAGCAAAUCCCGAAUGCCCACAAGGACUGGGUCUGCGCUCUGGCCUAUGUACCCGGCCGGCCCAUGCUGCUGAGCGGCUGCCGGGCUGGCAUGCUCAAGGUGUGGAAUGUAGACAACUUCACGCCCAUAGGAGAGAUCAGAGGUCACGACAGCCCCAUUAAUGCCAUAUGCACCAACUCCAGACAGAUCUUUACAGCAUCCAGUGACUGCAGGGUGAAGUUGUGGAACUAUGUGCCAGGCUUGACCCCAUGUCUUCCUCGCCGGGUCCUAGCCAUCAAGGGCCGAGCCACCAGCCUCCCAUGAUUGCCUGUCCUCUGAACACCGACCCUCCUUUCCUCUGCGACAAGACGGUGAAGAUCUGGCUGUCAAAGGUGUGGAGGAAGAGGUGAGAAGCAAAGUGACUGUGGAUCUCCUCUGUCAGCCAUCUUGCUGCAACGGCAGCCGCUUCCAGCGAAAUGAUGCGACUCCGCAGUCACUGUUUCCAAGGCAUCCGAGGCGUGGAUCAUGCGGAAUAACGGUGGAUCGGGAAGUCAAAAACAUAUGCCUUUCAGAUUUUUUUUUUUUUUUUUUUUUUUUUUUAAACCGCCAACUUUCAAAGUGCCAUUCUGCUGUGUUGCUACUUGGAGAUAAAUGUUGUCAGCUUGGUGAAGCAUCCGCCAAGCAAAACAAUUUCUCACCUGACAUGAAAACAACCACCUGCAGCCUGGUACUAAAUGAAAGUGUCCUUCUGUUCUUUCACCAAGGUUUCAGGCAGUGAGAGAUGAACCUGCUCAUGUAGCUGUGGGACUGAGCGUUGCGGCAUUACGAACUGUCUCUCAAACACUGCGUUGUGUUUAGAUGCUGAGCACAUGGGAGGAUCAUGUUAAAUGGUCAUGGCAGUGGAUUGGUGGACUAUUAUCAUUCUUGACUCACAUCACUGGAGAACUACAGAGACUAGCACUUCUUGGUGUCCAUUUUUUUUUUUUGCCAGGGAGAUGACGGAAGGUAUAUCCUAUUUGUGUUUUCGUUAUUAUAAUUUCUAAUUUAUUGUUUUUCCUACCUCACAAGUUUUGAACUCUGGCUUGAGGUGGGAACGGACAUUUUUUUUACGGGUCUUUGUGAGCAAAAACUUGGUGCUUUAUGCUUUCAAGUCUUCAUUUAAUCUUCAUCUCUGUACGGAUGUAUCCUGCGUGGCCCCCUGGCAAUUACACUGUCUGGUUGCAGAAAAGAUAAGGAUGUAGUGCUGGUCCAGGAGGACCUGACUGAAUCUCAUUAUCUGUUCUAUAAAGUGCUAACUGCAGCCAAAGUGAGGAAAAAGCUGUGCGGUUUUCUGACGACGUGAACACUCCCCUCGCAGAAAUGUGCGGCAGGUAUUACGCCGUAACCAAAGGGUCUGGCCGUAAUGCUGUCAGUCUGCAGCACAGGGCCCGUUUUUGCCAUUUAUCAUUCAAGCACCCACUCCCAGGAUCCCCUACGCCUGUUUCCAUUUGAUGUUACAUCUCACACUGACCAGGCUUACUUUGGAGUCCACCUUGUUUCCAGCUUCUAAACUUCUCUCGGAAGCCAAUUUAAUUAGAGUUCAGCUCUUCCAGCUGCUCUUCAGGCAAGAUCUUCUUGUGUGAAAGUAGGUCAUCACUGAGAGGGAUUCUUUUCUUUCUCUCUCUUUUUUUUUUUUUAAUCCCAGUUUUCUUCCACCCACCAUUUAGCUGCUACACUUUCAAGCAGGAAUCAACUUCCUGCGCCUGUGCACUGAUGUACAAAUCUGUUUAUGCGGCAGAUUAGACGUGUGGGCAAACGCGCGUAUAUGCACAUGCCACGAAUAAAUAAACAGCCUGAACGGAUGUUUCGGCUAUCCAUCUUGUUUGAUGGGUCUUGGCAUCUUUCACUGUGUUGAUUUAGAGUCUCAAUAAUAACACGUACACUCUUAUGGCUGCAGCAUGCCCUGAAAGUCACUUCCAUUACCUUUCAGUUGUCUGACACCUCCUAAUACCGAAAAUGGCUUCGCAUAAUUCCAUUAGCUCCUACCUUUUUGCUUAACGCUCCAGAAAUGCUGGGCCAAAUUUUACGUUUCCUGCUGCUCAGAUGUCUUACUGCUUGAUUAAAAACCCAGUUUGUAGCUGCUAGUUGUGUUCGGCUCAGCAAUAUCUCUCUGAAAGAAAUAAUGUUUUGCUGAUUUGGUGUGUUGCCCUCGCGCAAGGCCCAGAGUCGAACCAUAUGUAGUGAAAUUAUUAGGGAUGCCUGGAUCAUAGAACGCCGUUCAGAGGAGAUGAAAGUAGAAAAAAAAAAAAACUCCCUUAAACAAGCUUCCUGUUAAAUGUCCUGCUGCUGUUUCAUGUGUCCCAACAUGAAUCUGAAGCUGCUUAAACUCGCCAAACGCAACCUUAUGAAAUUGUAGUGUUCUGUUUGGGGGGUAGCCAUGAUUAUUGUGAUAAAGCAUUGUCUUGAAUAAUAUUUUGCUAUGAUUAGAAACUCAGGUAUGUGUUGAUGAUUUCAGUCAAACUUUAGUCAUUAUGUGACCCUGCGAACUAGCUUUUUCUACCGACCAAAUGCCUUGUUUGUGAGAAUAUUAUUGUUUUGAACAGAAAUGGUACUCAGUGUUUCAUACCCUUUUGAAAAGCACUCCUUUUCCAUGUUUCACCCUUUCCGUUUGAUUCCCUUUACUUCUUAUCUAAGUACUGUGCCAGUUUUACAUGGCACCUUCCCUAACUGGCCAAAACUGAAAGCCUUGAAGAAGUUGUGCACUGAUUUUUUUGUUUUUGUUUUUACAAUAACAACAUCUAUAAAAUGUGUAUAGUAUGUAAUAUAUGUAAAGUAGCUGUCCUGUAAAGCUGGAAUGACUGGUACAUAAUGUGGUUAUCAGCAGGGUAAUGAACUUUCACAACUGAAAAGGGUUUGUAAACUUUGACAAUGAGUCUGUUGGGCCCUUCAUUAUACUUUUCUGUGCCAAUUAGCCUAGCUGACCCUGUUCAACAUCACACCAGGUUCAAAGUGGUAGGAAAAUAAUAAAAAAAAACAAGUUUCAUCUCUUUCUUUUUCUAACUCUUCCAGACCCCUGCUUGCUUUUAGACUAUCUAGUCCCGUAGGUUUAGGUACCCUGCUGUCCAUCGCUUGUACAUUUGCUGAAGGAUAUGUAAUGUCAGUAAUGCUGAUUAGUUGAUUUAACAACUUCAUACAUCCCUGUUCAGGGUGGUGGGCAAAUUAUUUGUCUUUACGUUACCAAUCUAAGUGACUAUUUGCUACCACUGUCUCAUUUAGCUGUGGUGAUUUUUCCUGGAUUCUGAACAACAUGCUAGCUCUGAGUUACUCUGACCAUGCAAAGGGACUACAUGGUGCAUCUCGAAGGAAAUGUUUAAAAUGUUAUCAGUAAAAUUUUGAUUAUUAUAACAGCCCCUUUAUAAUCCUUUCACUACCGUGUGGGUUAUUUCCUUUUACACUUUUUGCCUCCACUCAACUUUCCACUGAUAUACCUAUUUAAAGAACUCUUUGAACAGUCAUUAUAAUUCAAAAUGACGUUUGUAACCACAGUGGAUAAAAACCCAAAUUAAGUUUCUCAGACAAGAUAAUAUUCUAAUUUUAAAGCCAUUUAAAAAAAAUGUCAACGUUAUAGUCAUCAUGCGAACGACUGCUUUGUUGACUGUUGUUCAGCAGACAAUCGUUGACACCUUUAGGAAGAAGGGUGAGCCUUAAAAGAUUAUUGUUAAAAUAACUGGCUGUUGAGAGUUGUAGCAUUAAUGGAAAGUUAAGUUGAAGGAAAAACUGUAGCGGAAAAAGGUCUGAAAGGAACAGAAAUAACCGCAGCUUUGAAGUUAAUAUGGACCAAAGUCCAUAACCAUUCACAUUUCCAUAUAGAAACACUUUAAGAAUUUUGUAAUGUAAAUUUAAAACGUAAAAAUCAAUUACAUUUUUUAGGAUAUUCUAAGUGUUCGAGGUGCACCUGUAUUAUCUUUUUCUGUUGGCUCCAAAAGCUCUGAAACCUGUACUUAAACCUAUUUGAUACCACUUUAUUACCUGGUAUGUAAAUACUUUGUGCCCUACCAUUUUUCUAAACAGCAAUGACUGUUGGCUUAACAGACUUUCAGAUCAGAUGGUCCCAGAUUGCUCUCUGCAAAUUGGGAUUUGCAUGCACUUUGCAGAAAGGUUUGUUUUACAAACACUCUGCAUUCUUCUUUCUAGAUGUAGAUUGAGCCUUGUUUCUUUUUAUCUUACCUUACUAAAGGAUGCAGACAUUGUAGUAACCCCCCCCCCCCCCCCACACACACACACACACAUACACAUCUUUUUAAAUCUACUGUAGGUUUAGGAAUCGGUGAUAAUAUUCUCUCUGCUAAGAAAUGUUACAUAAACAUUCAGGAAAAAGGUGCCCUGCCUUUGAAUUCCCUUUCUAAUACCAUCUUAAAAUAAAAAUAAAAAGGCACAGCACAAAACUUUAUAGAUCCUCAGGAGACUUUAUCUUCAUGUUCCUGUUUACCUGUUGAUAUUCUAGGAUUUUCUCAAAAAUACUGACCACAAAACCACAAAAUAUACAUAAACUAAAUGAUUACGUAAUAAUAACUCAAGCAGCUAAAACUGUGUGAUUGCAUGUGAAACUGCCUACUACACAAUAAGGAAUAUGUGUAAAGUGUUACAAAGUGUAACAUUCUGAUUCUGGCAAUACAAUAACACAAAAUCUCAAAAAUGCAGAACAGAUCCUCAUGUACAAUUGAAUUGGGGAAAAAAUAUCUUCAGUAUACAUCGGAACAGUCUACCUCACUAGCUGUAUACCGCAAUGCAAAGUGCUGGAAAGGCCGGUCAAGAAAAGCCUGGGAAUGACUUCCUCCAUUUAAUUUAGGUAACUGUCAGGUAAAUUUCUAUCCUUGGAAGAUCAUGCAAAUGUAUCUAAAUCAUUCAUAUAAAACAAAAAAACUAAAAAGAAAACAUAAAGUGAUGCUUGCUGGAACCUAGCACUGGUUAAGUCUGCCAGCGCAUACUGCAAUAAGUGUUGAUUUAUAAAGUGAGGCAGACGCAGUAGGCUUUUUCUUUUAACACAGCAUGCGUCCAUGCUUUGAGCACACUCAUCUUCUAAUAGCACUGAUAGAUCUAUGUGUAAAGGUUUGGACAAAUACAGACAUUUUCCAAACAGAAAAUUUUGAAAUGGAACAUUUCACUUAUUUUGAAGUAGGGCUGCGUUGAAAUGCUUUUUGCAGUUUGGAGAACAAGUAAGAAGUCCUCAAGGGGGAAUUAGCUAACAGCCGCUCAGACAUUACAUUUCUAUUGUCCAAAACAUUAACAACCAGUAUUCCUAACUGGUCGAUUUUAAAUAUUUAUUUAUACACUUUUGGGUAAGAAUCUUGUUAACAUUUUCUGAACAAGCGAUGUUGAUACUGUUAAAUUAUCCCACCUCUAAUCAAGUCUUGUAAGUCUAGAAUUUGGGCUCGAAGAAGACAUUUGAACAGCUUGUUAGUUUCGUAUUCGGACAAAGCUGGGAAACCCUGAGUUAAGUUAGUUAACUAUGGGGCUGUUUUUUUUUUCAGGGUGCACAUUACUGACAAAAAAUCCAACAGCUAACUCCUGUCAUAGACAACCUCGUGGCCCAGGUGUGUUGCAACGGCGUGUUGUAUAGCUGAUUGAUACAACCGGCAGCAUCAACCAAUGUAAAUCCACCUAGCAAUGUGGAAGUUGUUCAUCUGAGAGCAACAGCUAACUUAACAAUGGUCUUUUGUCACACAAUGUAAUGCAAUGUAGGCUGUUAAUCUCUUCUAAUAUACCACUGUAUCCCAGGUAAACAAACACUUUCAACUUUAGUUGUGGGAAAUAGCUAAAACCUGCUAAAUCAGGGGAAAAUUUGUUACAACAAGCUCAUAAUGAUGCCAUCUUUCUACAACCGGUAAGGGAGCUAUUACUGUUGACCUUAAAGAGCUUUACUUUAAAAAAUGUCAAACUAACCCUUGAAGCAAAGCAAAACUGCAAAAAAAUAAUAAUACAGUUUACCUUAUUUAGCAUCAGUUGGAACUACCUGAAGGUCCUAUGCUUGAGUGCUGCUUAUAUUGCUGAAAGUAGCUCCUCAGCUUGAAUCUCACAUGAAAACUUCUAUCUGAUUUUCCAAGCUAAGAUUACUUUUACUUUUGUCUACUUCAGGUGAUAUACUGAAUACUCAACUACCCCCAACAAAUUGGCUUAAUACAAACCAACUAUUCCUUUGAUCUUCCACAUUGCAUAAGAUUAAACUAUUUCUGCGUAAAAUAGGCAAAUGGGUGACUUGUGUGUUUCUGCCAAUUAGAAAAUAAACACAAUAGAGCGGCUGUUUGAUGUGGUUUUUAUUUAUUUAGGAUAUACAGACAUAAAAAAACAAUAUGAGAAGCCAGUGUUCAUAUUUAGCUAAGAAACCCUAAACUUCGCAAAGUUCUCUGCAUUAGCCCCUUGCCUCAGCCAAAUGUUCUGACUGCUUUGCAAAAACAGAGAGUCUAUUAAGGACGUAGACAAUCAUCCACAAAAAAAUUGAUGAACCUGUUAGAACCUGUUCUGUGAGGAUUGUAGAUUGUCCAUCGGUUCUGUUUUAAGCCAGUCAGUGCAUCUGCUUGCUUUAUCAUCCUGGCAGAAAAAGGGCUGCGACUUUGCCUCGGGCCGCUGAGGGGAUGGAAUGGCAUUUACACACUAUCAUGUGGGCUCUUGAUCGAGAGAGCACUUGGCUACUCUGUCACACUUCAACACACAUCUUCUCUUGCAGCUGCUUCAGUAGAUUUCAUCCAGGUUUGUGUUUCUCUCCAACACAAUAUCUGACGAUGUCUGUGAAAUAUGUACACUUAGAAUAGAAAUGUAGGGGCAGACGUCAGGUGUGCCUUCUGUUGCACAGACUUGUCCCCCCCAGGUGUAAAUGUAUGUACAGUUUUUAUAUAUAUGACAAUAUGCCUGUAACGAAGCCAUGUAAAAUGAUUUGUCUGUAAAUAAUGUCAAUAAAUAUUUAAUGAAGGAUCCAAUAAAUAAAUGAGUUGAAA